UCCUGUGGGCUGUGCCUAACUGGCUUGGUCCUAUCUUUUCUGCACUAAAAGGGGAAGACGAGAUCUUGGACAAGGGACUCCCAUGUCUGUCCCCUCCGGCUGGCAGAGGAAGGGUGCCAUGGGGCCUCUCCACCUGUUUCUCCUGCUGCUGAUCACAGAGUUGUCCCAAGCCCUCAACACAACGGUGCUGCAGGGUGUGGCUGGCCAGUCCCUGCGGGUAUCAUGUACUUACGACUCCUUGAAGCACUGGGGGAGACGCAAGGCCUGGUGUCGCCAGCUGGCUGAGGAGGGCCCAUGCCAACGUGUGGUGAGCACACACAGUGUGUGGCUGCUGGCUUUCCUAAGGAAACGGAAUGGGAGCACAGUCAUCACAGAUGACACCCUGGCUGGGACCGUCACUGUCACUCUGCGAAACCUCCAAGCCGAUGACGCCGGUCUCUACCAGUGUCAGAGCCUCCGAGGCCGAGAGGCUGACGUCCUCCAGAAGGUCCUGGUGGAGGUGCUGGCAGACCCUCUAGAUGACCAAGAUGCUGGAGAUCUCUGGGUCCCUGAGGAAUCAGAGAGUUUUGAGGGUGCCCAAGUGGAACACAGCACCUCCAGGAGCCAAUCACAAGAGACCUCCUUCCCACCCACGUCCAUUCUUCUCCUCCUGGCCUGUGUCCUCUUCAGCAAGCUUCUUACAGCCAGUAUCCUCUGGGCAGUGGCCAGGGGCAAGCAGAAGCUGGGGUCACCUGUGGCCAGUGGGCUGGACUAUGGACACGAUGCUGGGCACCAGCUUCAGAUCCUGACUGGACCCAGAGAUGAGCGAGAGAACUCCAAGAUGGAGGAGAGACCCAGCUGAAGUCCACCCACAAGUCAUGCAGCUUGCAUACCUUCCCCUCUGCCACCAAGACUUCUGCUUCUUCUGGUUUGGCUUUAGAGGUCACUUCUGCCUAAAGCCCGCCUCUUCCGGAUGCAGGAAUAUUCGUGCUAAAGCCCGCCUCUUCCGGAUGCACGAAUAAUCAUGCUAGAGCCCGCCUCUUCCGGAUGCAGGAAUAGUCAUGCUAGAGCCCGCCUCUUCCGGAUGCACGAAUAAUCAUGCUAGAGCCCGCCUCUUCUGGAAGCAGGAAUACUCCUGUGUUUGUGUGCGUCCAGUGUGGAAGAGAGCUGGAAGGUCACCUGUCAGCUUCUGGGCUUUGGCCACUAAACAUUCUCACACACCAACCCAGGACUAUCCACUCUUUCUAGAUGGUUCUGUACCUCAUAGCGGUCUUCUGUUUCUCAGUGCUGGGAUUAAAUUGAUGGUCUUGUUCAUGUUAGGCAUGAGUUUACCACUGAGAUAAUUCCCAGGGUAGAAUUAUGCAUCUGGAUGAGAAAAAGGGAAAGGGAGUACCUUGCUUUGUAAGGGAGAGAUACCUGCCCUCAGCCCCUACCCAGGGUCCUCUGAGAAAUGCUUCCCAGGAGCGAGGGAAAAGUGAAAAAUCUCUAUCAUAACUUCACACACACGGGCCAAUGCUCUCCAUUCUGUGUGCUCUUUAUUGUUGUGCUCUUUGUGUCUUCCAUCUUUAUUCUCCUCUACAUCUUUAUUCUUAUACAAUUUUAUUCUACAUCUCUAUUCUACAUCAUCUCUACUCUACAACAUCUCUGUUCUAAGACCCAUUACAAAUUCCCAAGUGUGUGCGUGCGUGCGUGCGUGCGUGCGUGUAACUUGUUAGGAAAAACUACACGGAAAACUCUCAGGGACAAGUAUUCAGAUAAGAGUCACACUUGGCAAAGAUUUGGUCAGCUUAAUUGGUGACUGACCACACCUGUAGGUUGUAAAAAGUUCUGGUUCAUCUCUUAAAGGGAUAGCUACAAGGGUUAUAAGGGAAGGAACUGAACCAAUGAGAGAUCUAAGAAAGAGGCAAAUAAUAUGUGUACUAUUUUAUGUGAUUAAUAAUAUCCAGACAUGGUUAGUCAGUUAACAGCCUUUUUCUGUUAAUUAUCUGAAUCUCAAGACCUAUACGUAGUUAGUCUACUGAGCCUAAAAUCUUGCAUUAAA